GAGACUCCACUGUCCGGCACCUCUGGUUCCCAUCGACGGCGAAGCUGGAGCACCGCUGAGAACAAUCACACAUCCACCCACAGCAUCCACCCAGACCCGUGAAAGGAAGAAAAAAAUCAGCAAAAAGACGGCCAGUCUAGCCUAAGCAGUCAUGUCGGCCAAAGCCAUCUCCGAGCAGACGGGAAAGGAGUUCCUCUACAAGUACAUCUGCACGUCGGCAGCCGUCCAGAACAGAUUCCGCUAUGCCAACGUGACGGCUGAGACAGACUUCGACCGACUGGCGCAAGAGCACCCAUGGCUGCUGACAGAGAGGUUGGUGGUGAAGCCGGACCAGCUGAUCAAGAGGCGAGGGAAGCUGGGCCUGGUCGGCGUCAACCUGGACCUGACGGGCGUCAGAGAGUGGCUGAAGUCCCGCCUCAUGAGAGAGACGACAGUGGGAAAAGCCAAGGGCGUGCUCAAGAACUUCCUCAUCGAGCCAUUUGUGCCCCAUAAGCAGGAAGAGGAGUUCUACGUGUGCAUCUACGCCACCCGGGAGGGCGACUACGUGCUGUUCCACCAUGAGGGAGGGGUGGAUGUGGGAGACGUGGACGCCAAGGCGAAGAAGCUGCUAAUUGGGGUGGAUGAAAAGAUCAGUGAGGACUCUGUGAAGAAAGAGCUGCUCACCCACGUCCCCAAUGACAAGAAAGCGGUCCUGGCCAGCUUCAUUGUCGGCCUCUUCAACCUGUAUGAGGACCUGUUCUUCACAUACCUGGAGAUCAAUCCCCUGGUUGUCACAAAAGAUGGAGUUUACGUGCUGGACAUGGCAGCCAAGAUCGAUGCUACAGCUGACUACAUCUGCAAGGCCAAGUGGGGCGAUGUGGAGUUCCCUCCACCUUUCGGCAGGGAGGCAUAUCCUGAGGAGGCCUACAUCGCCGACCUCGAUGCCAAGAGUGGCGCCAGCCUCAAACUGACCCUGCUCAACCCCCGCGGCAGGAUCUGGACCAUGGUGGCUGGAGGAGGUGCCUCAGUGGUGUACAGUGACACAAUCUGUGACCUGGGUGGCGUCAACGAGCUGGCCAAUUAUGGGGAGUAUUCAGGAGCUCCGAGCGAACAGCAGACCUAUGACUACGCCAAGACUAUCCUGUCUCUGAUGACCAGAGAGAAGCACCACGAAGGAAAAGUUUUGAUCAUUGGGGGAAGCAUUGCAAACUUCACAAAUGUUGCAGCAACAUUUAAGGGGAUUGUUAGAGCUAUCAAAGACUAUCAGGUGCCACUAAAGGAGCAUGAGGUCACCAUUUUUGUCCGCCGUGGAGGCCCCAACUACCAGGAAGGUCUCAGAGUGAUGGGAGAAGUUGGCAAGACCACUGGGAUCCCCAUCCACGUCUUUGGCACAGAAACCCACAUGACCGCCAUUGUUGGCAUGGCACUGGGCCACCGGCCAAUCCCCAACCAGCCUCCUGUUGCCGCCCACACUGCCAACUUCCUCCUCAACUCUAGCGGCAGCACAUCGACUCCAGCAUCCAGCAGAACUGCCUCUUUCUCUGAAAACAGAGCCAGAGUGGAAAGCUCACCAGCCAAAAAAGCCAAAACUGGAGCUCCAAUUGCCAAGGCAACUACCCUCUUUAGCAAACACACCAAGUCCAUAGUGUGGGGUAUGCAGACUCGGGCAGUACAGGGCAUGCUGGACUUUGACUACGUCUGCUCCAGAGAUGAGCCAUCUGUCGCAGCCAUGGUCUACCCGUUCACUGGAGACCACAAACAGAAGUUCUACUGGGGCCAUAAAGAGAUCCUCAUCCCCGUGUAUAAGAACAUGAGUGACGCCAUGAAGAAGCACCCAGACGUGGACGUGCUCAUCAGCUUUGCAUCUUUGCGUUCGGCCUUUGAUAGCACUAUGGAGACCAUGCAGUACCCACAGAUUCACACCAUUGCCAUCAUCGCUGAGGGAAUCCCUGAAGCUCACACCAGGAAGAUCAUCAAGACCGCAGAUGAGAAGGGCAUUACAAUCAUUGGGCCAGCAACCGUUGGAGGAAUCAAGCCAGGCUGCUUCAAGAUCGGGAACACUGGAGGCAUGCUGGAUAACAUCCUCGCCUCCAAGCUCUAUCGUCCAGGCAGCGUGGCCUACGUGUCCCGCUCAGGCGGCAUGUCCAAUGAACUCAACAACAUAAUCUCCCGCACCACGGACGGUGUUUUUGAAGGUGUGGCCAUUGGGGGAGACAGAUACCCGGGCUCUGUGUUCACCGACCAUGUGCUGCGCUACCAAGACACUCCCGGAGUGAAGAUGAUCGUCGUACUGGGAGAGAUUGGAGGCACAGAGGAGUACAAGAUCUGUGAGGCCAUUAAACAGGGCAGGAUCACAAAGCCGGUGGUGUGCUGGUGUAUCGGCACCUGUGCCACCAUGUUCUCCUCGGAGGUUCAGUUUGGUCAUGCAGGAGCCUGUGCCAACCAGGCGUCUGAGACAGCAGUAGCUAAGAACAAGGCUCUGAAGGAGGCUGGCGCUUUUGUCCCCAAGAGCUUUGAUGAGCUGGGAGAGAUCAUCAGAUCUGUUUAUGAUGACCUUGUUGCCAAAGGAGUUAUCCAGCCAGCCGAAGAGAUGCCUCCUCCCACAGUGCCAAUGGAUUACUCUUGGGCACGAGAGCUGGGUCUGAUCCGUAAGCCCGCCUCCUUCAUGACCAGCAUCUGCGACGAGAGGGGUCAGGAGCUCAUCUACGCCGGCAUGCCCAUCACUGAGGUCUUCAAGUCAGAAAUAGGCCUGGGGGGAACUCUGGGGCUUCUCUGGUUCCAGCGGAGGUUGCCGAGGUACGCCUGCCAGUUCAUCGAGAUGUGCCUGAUGGUGACUGCUGAUCACGGCCCUGCUGUUUCUGGUGCCCACAACACCAUCGUCUGUGCUCGAGCUGGCAAAGAUCUCAUCUCCAGCCUCACCUCCGGCCUUCUCACCAUCGGAGACCGCUUCGGAGGAGCUCUGGAUGCUGCAGCAAAGCAGUUCAGCAAGGCCUUUGAUAGCGGCAUGCUGCCCAUGGAGUUUGUCAACAAGAUGAAGAAGGAUGGGAAGCUGAUCAUGGGCAUUGGCCACAGAGUCAAGUCGAUUAACAAUCCAGAUAUGAGAGUCCAGAUCUUGAAGGACUUUGUGAAGCAGCACUUCUCCUCCACCCAGCUGCUGGACUACGCUCUAGAUGUAGAGAAGAUCACCACGUCCAAGAAACCCAACUUGAUCCUGAAUGUGGAUGGCUUCAUUGGUGUGGCUUUUGUGGACUUGCUCAGGACUUGUGGUGGUUUCACACGGGACGAAGCUGAUGAGUUUGUGGAAAUUGGCGCUCUGAAUGGCAUCUUUGUCCUGGGACGCAGCAUGGGGUUCAUUGGACACUACCUGGACCAGAAGAGGCUGAAGCAGGGUCUCUAUCGCCACCCGUGGGAUGACAUCUCCUAUGUGCUCCCAGAACACAUGUCCAUGUAAUCUGUGGGACUGAACCAGAGAGUGUCAGCCCUCUGUCCCCGGAAAAACCCUCGCCAAGCUGUCAGUCUCCCGCCCAUACUGUGAUAUGGCACCCCGAAACAGUGGCAUAAUAUAGUGAAGUUGUUACGAUUAAUAUAGCUGUAAAUUGCAAAUAUUUGAAAAGAAUAGAGUACGUUUUUAGUUUUGCAACCUGUUACUGCUGCAGCUCUGUGAAUAUUAGUAAAACCAGCUAAACUGUGAAGCUCCAGACAAAGUCAAAGUCAGCGUGCUCAAGAUGAGUCAUGUAUACAGGUGAGGGAGUAAAGGUGGCUGUUAUUUACCCCCAAAUAUUACAUCACUGUUGUAAUAACCCAGCAUGUGUGUCUGUAUCACAGACUGUUGUGUCUCUGUGCAGCUCUCUUCAUUGUGCCACUUUGAGAACUGUGAGCUUGCUGCAAGGGGUGAACAUGUAGUGCAAUAAUACCUGUAACAUGACGACGUACUGUAGAUCAGAGCUUUAUUUAUGUAUAGGUGUAUUAAUAGUGAAAAUUCAAUGGUACAAAAUGUUAUUGUGUUGAUUUUCUCUAUUGUUUUUGACACAGUGGCAAAAACGAAACAUGCGUGCGCUUACUGUGGCAAACGGGACCAUUUUAUGAGUCAUUCCUGGCAGGUGUUGCCCCCCAGAAAUAUUCCUUCUCAGCUGGUGGAAAACGUGGGUACUUUCUAAAUUUGUCUUAAUGGAAGUGGAGUGUUGUUAGUCAUAAGAACAAAAAAUAAAUAUAAAAUUUGAAUGUGUUUUCUUUCCCCAGUUAUUUAAACGGACAGGAGCGUUUUACCAUAAACCCCAGGAAGCUAUACUACCAUCAUCUGAGAAAUUAGCUAUUUUUUAAAAGUAUACUUGGUAUAUUAGCAUAAAUACACUAAUCCCAUUACAAUGUACUGAUUAUCAGCACUAUAAGACAGCAGCUAUUUUAGUAUAUGUCAUAUGUUUUAUGACUUGUAUGUUAGGCGUUCAUAUUGUUCGAAUUAAUGGACGUUGUUCCAUCCUACCGUUUUGUUUCUCUGUAAGAGGAUUUUAAAGGUCAUUACAUACCCAACGCUGAGCAUUUCGCUCCAUCCAUCACUCACUGACUUUGUUUAUUUGAGCAAAACCAAUUAAUCUGACACAUGCAGCUUACAAGCCUCACCAUGACACGUUUCUACAUUUGUCUCCAGUGAAGAGAAACUGUAUGGGGUCAAUCUCAUAAUCAUAACACUCAAUUCUCUUUGAAAUGAAAGGAAAUUAGACAUUUUCCUCCACAGUUUAUGGGGUCUGAAAUAAGAUGUAGUGCAGCCGUCAUCAGCGUCAUCUUUUUAUGUGAACGUGACAAAACUAGAAAGUGUCUGGACGACCAGAAGCCUCACCAGUGUUGUCGUGUCCCAGUGUUUGUUUUUAGCUGUUUCAAUGUGAACUGAACGUGCCUCUGUGUGGAUUUGUUGUAAGUUGACAACUCUGUAAUUGAGUAAAAUAAAAUGUCAUUAAUGUA